AUGCUCAGAGAAGUGGGAUCUACGCCGACGACGGGGAGGGAAGAUGCAGACAAACGGCCAGGCCACGGCCCAAGGCAGCGCCAGAACCAAGGCCAGAACCAAGGCCAGAACCAAGGCCAGAGCCACGGCCCAAGGCAAGGCCAAGGUCGACCGACCCACGGCUCACGCACCCUGGCCCUGCCGCGGCGACCUAGCUCGCCGCCUCCCGUACCGAAUGCAUACCGUGGCAGCAGACCAAAGGCGCCCGAAAAGCAGAGGAGGAGCUGGGCUUCAUCCACUUUCGUGACUCCUCUUCUCCGUUCUUCUUCCUUUCCCAUCACCACCAAAUCCUCUGCACCAUUGUCACGGCAGACGCCCUUCUCGCAGACGCCCUUCUCGCGAGCACGCGCACCGCCAGCACCGCCAGCACCGCCAGCACCGCCAGCACAGCCAGCACAGCCAGCACAGCCAGCACAAGCACAAGCACAACCAGCACAAGCACAAGCACAAGCACAAGCGCAAGCACCUCCACCAGGCCUCCGUCGAACUGCCACCACUGGCUCGCCCGCAGCCGCCACGCUCCCCUCGGCCGGCCUCUGCGCGAGGACGCUCCAUCGCUGGCGCCGCGUGCACCAGUAUCUACAGCUGAAGUACGCCCUCGAACCUCGCAACGUCCGAUCCUUUACCUUUACCGUGCCGACACCGACCCCGACCCCGACCCCGAAUCCCGACAUGUCGGAGCCUCUGCCCGCGCAGCAGAGCGCUGACGUCAAGAGCCCCGACUCUGGCAUUUCGCCGCGCACAGUGAUCCAGGGCUCGUCGGCUGCGCCCGACUACUUCCCGCCUCCGAAGGCGGCAGCAGCAGCAGCCCCAGCAGACGCAGUCCCCGCGAGCCUGGCGACACCCGCCGACACGCAGGAUGCACACGAGGCCCAGGAGGCCCAGGCUCCAGCAGACGCCGCUGGCGACACCGAGACGGAAGCCCAAGCACCAGCCGCCGCGCACAAGCCCGAGCGGCCACGCAUCCAGAUCAAGGGCCUGAGCCAGGGCCAGGGCCAGGACGCGGCGCUGCGACCGGACCUUACGCUGCAGAGCCCCUCGAGCGCCAGCAUCGACUCGGGCACGACGGUGAGGCCGAGCGAGUCGGGCGGGCCGAGCGAGACGGGGCGGCCGCGAACGAAAGGCGUCCAUCUCGUCGCUGAGCUUUGCGCCGCUGCAACAAACCCCGCGCUGCCCCAGGGCACGCACAAGAAGACGGACAAGACGAGGAUCCGCGCGAGCUCGCCGCCGCCCAACCGGUACGUUUCCUUUUCUUUUGUCUUUCUACAACACUCGCUGUGA